CUCUGUGGAGCAAGCCGAGAGCCGAGCAAGCGAACAGAUGUUUUCCAACCGGGAUAAUAACAAACGCGAGAUUGCAUUUUAAUUUCUUCUUAAUUUAGCUGUAAUGCGUAAAAGCUGAGGUAAAAUCAUGUUGAGGACUUUAAGCACCCGCCUAGGGCACAUUUUAGCCCGAAACUUGGGCACAAAAACAAUGGUCAAAACUAUAGAGCCAGCAAAAAGUUAUUCUCCUUCAAGCUGGACUGUUCCGUUGAUUACGUCUCAGCAAAGUCGCAAAUCAUCAACCUCAAUCUCCGGCAAACCGACCCUCGAGUGGAAGAUGCCUCCUCCCUCCCUGAUUGACCUUCUUGUUCCUGUUCGCCAAACACCAGUGGCUCCAAAAAUUGCGCCUCUCGACCUCCCUGUUGUGCCCAAAACCUCCCCUGGGGAGGAUAGAGAUGAAAUUCAAGCCGCCAGACUUAUUGUCAUCAGGAGGCAUAAAAUGAAGAAACAUAAGAGGAAGAAGCUCAGAAAGAGAAUGAAAUUUGAAUGGGCGAAACUGAGAAUGCGAAGAGAAGCCAAAAAGGAGAAAGAUUUCCAGCAAGGUUUAAUAAGUCAAGUAGAGGAGGCUCAUAGUUUCAACGCAGAGGCUUACGUGCAGGAAAAGUUGAAAAAAUUAAAAAUGAGUGGAAAAUUGUAGCAAGCUUCUCGGUAUUAAAUUUACUGUCGUGAUAA